GGGAGACGGGAGAAGCAUCGUCCAACUUCACUCUCCGACACUGUCGCAGCAUCUCUUCAUACAGUACCUCGGAUGAAGCGCCAUCUAUUCGUAUUCAGCGUCUAACAUCAUUUUCAUCGCCUCAGCGCCGCCGCGUCCGGAACCAGGGCAGACCACCCGGAGUUUAGGUACCCAGCAGGCCCCCUGCGCUGUCCCGACAAACUCCCGUCCCGAUCGAGUCCGUCCGACGACACGCCCCCACCCUCGCAGCCAGCACGGGCCAGAGCCUAAGCAUCCAUCGUAGGUACUGCACGCCCCUGGGCUGCCCAGCUUGCCCCGACCACAUCAACCUCCCCUCCACGGGGCCAUCGCCAUCAACCACCCCAGCCGCGCUCCCGCUGGGCUGCAGAUACCGCCCUCGUCUUCGCCUCGCGGCGUGCCCGAGACCCGUCGCCAUGGCGUCCACCGUGCCCCGACCGGGCCCUGCCAACCUCACCCCCAAUGCCGGACUGGACGAAUGGCUCGAGGAGGCCAAGCAGUGCCACUACCUGCCCGAGCGGGCCAUGAAGGAGCUAUGCGAGAAGGUCAAGGAGAUUCUGAUGGAAGAGUCCAACAUCCAGCCUGUGUGCACCCCCGUCACAGUCUGCGGCGACAUCCACGGCCAGUUCUACGACCUCCUCGAGCUCUUCCGAGUCUCGGGCGGGAUGCCCGGCGAGAACAACGUUCAGCCCCCCAAGACGGCCACCACGGUCAUCACAUCCGAAGACAUCGAGCCACCGAAUGCCGCAGCCCGAGCCCCAGCGGCCGACACGUCGACUGCCUCCGCCGGCUCCAGCCCUGGUUCCGGCCCCGUGCCCACGGUGACUUCUUCCCAGAGCGCGGAGAACAGGUUCAUCUUUCUUGGAGACUUUGUGGACCGCGGUUACUUUAGCUUGGAGACGUUCACGCUCCUCAUGUGUCUAAAGGCCAAAUAUCCCGACCGAAUUGUUCUCGUCCGCGGCAACCACGAGUCGCGGCAAAUCACCCAGGUGUACGGCUUCUACGAAGAAUGCCAACAAAAGUACGGCAACGCAUCUGUCUGGAAAGCGUGCUGCCAGGUAUUUGACUUCUUGGUCCUGGCCGCCAUUGUCGACGGCGAGGUGCUCUGCGUGCACGGCGGUCUGAGUCCGGAGAUCCGGACCAUUGACCAGAUCCGAGUCGUCGCCCGCGCUCAGGAGAUCCCUCACGAGGGGGCUUUCUGCGAUCUCGUGUGGUCCGACCCUGAAGACGUCGACACCUGGGCCAUUAGCCCUCGCGGUGCCGGGUGGCUGUUUGGUGACAAAGUGGCGACCGAGUUCAACCACGUGAACGGCCUCAAGCUGAUUGCGCGAGCGCAUCAGCUCGUCAAUGAGGGAUACAAGUAUCACUUCGAAGAGAGUUCGGUGGUGACGGUUUGGUCAGCGCCCAACUACUGCUACAGAUGCGGCAACGUUGCCUCCAUCAUGUCUGUAGACAAGGAUCUGAACCCCAAGUUUAGCAUCUUCUCGGCGGUGCCGGACGACCAGAGGCACGUGCCGGCGAGUAGACGGGGGCCGAGCGACUAUUUCCUGUAAUGAGCGAUGGGACUCUUUCAAGCAUCGGGACGGAUUGGGCUCUAGAUGUACACUAGCACACGGUUGAGAUAUCCAUGACUUGUGAAUGAAUGGCAACGCAUAAUGGUUGUUUGGG